AUGCGCCUUGCCAGUCUUCUCAGCUCCUGCUGCCUCCUACUGCUCCUGGGGGCCCUGCCCGGAUGGGCAGCCAAUGAUGACCCUAUCGAGAAGGUCAUUGAAGGGAUCAACAGAGGGCUGAGUAAUGCAGAGAGAGAGGUGGGCAAGGCCCUGGAAGGCAUCAAUAAUGGAAUCACUCAAGCUGGAAGGGAAGUGGAAAAAGUUUUUAAUGGACUUAGCAGCAUGGGGAGCCAGGCCGGCAAGGAGGUGGACAAGGGGAUCAACCACGGCUUGGACAAGGUAGCCCAUGGGAUCAACAAUGGCGCCGGGCAAGCAGGAAAGGAAGCAGAGAAGUUUGCCCAUGGGGUCAACAACGCUGCUGGACAGGUUGGGAAGGAGGCAGACAAAAUGAUCCAUCAUGGGGUCCAUCAUGGGGUCAACCAGGCGGGAAGUGAAGCAGGGAGGUUUGGCCAGGGGGCCCACCACGCCAUGGGGCAGGCUGGGGAUGAGGCUGGGAGGUUUGGCCAGGGAGCCCACCAUGCUUUUGGUCAGGCUGGGAAAGAGGCGGAGAAGUUCGGUCAGGGGGCCCACCAUGCUUUUGGUCAGGCUGGGAAAGAGGCGGAGAAGUUCGGUCAGGGGGGUCACCAUGCUUUUGGUCAGGCUGGGAAAGAGGCGGAGAAGUUAGGUCAGGGGGGUCACCAUGCUUUUGGUCAGGCUGGGAAAGAGGCAGAGAAGUUUGGCCAGGGGGCCCACCAUGCUUUUGGUCAGGCUGGGAAGGAGGCAGAGAAGUUUGGCCAGGGGGGCAACCAUGCUUUUGGUCAGCCUUCGAAGGAGGCAGAGAAGUUUGGUCAGGGGGCCCACCAUGCUUUUGGUCAGGCUGGGAAGGAGGCAGAGAAGUUUGGUCAAGGGGUCCACCAUGCUGCUGGUCAGGCUGGAAAGGAGGUGGAGAAGUUUGGUCAGGGGGCUCACCAUGCUUUUGGUCAGGCUGGGAAGGAGGCAGAGAAGUUCAGUCAGGGAAUCCGCUACGCUGCUGGUCAGGCUGGAAAUGAGGGAGAGAAGUUUGGUCAAGGGCUUCACAAUACUGCGGGCCAGGCUGGGAAAGAGGCAGAGAAAUUAGGUCAGGGGGCCCACAAUGCUUUUGGUCAGCCUGGGAGGGAGGCAGAGAAGUUUGCUCAAGAGGGCAACCAUGCUUUUGGUCAGCCUUCGAAGGAGACAGAGGGGGCCCACCAUGCUGCUGGUCAGGCUGGGAAGGAGGCAGAGAAAGUGAUCCCAGCGUCCCAGCAUGGACUUAGCCAUGCAGCAGAGGAGGCGCUGCAGUUUGGCCAGGAUCCUCAUCCUGUUGCAGGGCAGGUUGGGAAAGAGGGAGGCAAAAUAACCUAUAGUGUCCAUCCUGGUGUCAACCAGGCUGGGAAGGAGGUGGAGAAGUUUGGCCAGGGAGUUCACCAUGCCGUUGAACAGGCCGGAAAGGAAGCAGACAAAGUGGUCCAAGGGGUCAACAAUGGGGUCAACCAGGCCGGGAAGGAGGCAGAGAAAUUUGGCCAAGGGGUCAACCAUGCUGCUGGUCAGGCCGGAAAGGAAGCGGAGAAACUUGGCCAAGGUGCCCACCAUGCUGCUGGCCAGGCCGGGAAGGAAGUGGACAGGUUGCAGAAGGAUGUUCAUAAUGGGGUCAACCAAGCCAGCAAGGAGGCCAACCAGCUGCUGAAUAGCAGUCAUCAAGGAAGCGGGGCUACCGGCCAGCACGGAGGGGGCGCAACCACUACAUUAGCAUCUGGAGCCUCGGUCAACAAGCCCUUCAUCAACUUUCCAGCCCUGUGGAGGAGCGUCGCAAACAUCAUGCCCUAA